AUGGAGUCAUGGGCGAUUGGCUCCCGGGUCACGGUUCACAUGCCUUUUGCAGAAAAGCAACACAAACCACCCAACACAACCCAAUGGCACCCAUCCGACCCAAGGUGGCAGCCUCUGCACUGUCUGCAGAGCAGAGCCCAGAUGCUGGAUCUUGCCGAACAUCCAUCGUUCCGACCAUUCAUCGGCCUUUCCAUGCCCAUGUCUAUCCCAUCUUCAGGGACUGGCGGCCAGAGACCAGGCGGUAAUCCGCAUGUACUCUUCUGUCUCAUUGGCAAUUGCUCCCAUCCCCAUAGCUACCUGAUGACGUCGUGUACCUCCGGCUUCGACGACGAUGCCCGCAUCCCCCGCCAGGUUUAUGUCAACGGCCUUCAGUGCUUGAAAGAGCUUGUUGCCCCGACGCCCUUCCCGGCUUCGACAGUGUUGCCUCCAGGUCCCGACAUGCCGCCGCCCACUGCCACCGCACAGCACCACGCCACACCCUCACACCCUCUAAGACUACGUACCAUUGUGAAGACCCUUCAAAAUGCCGUCAAUGAGCUGGUCCAACCAAUGCCGGGUUCAUCCCGUUUCCAUAAUUAG